AUGGCUAUCCCCUGGAAUAUUCGCGGGUCGGCGUCCCAGCUUUUCUACCAAGAUAAAUCUUCUUCUCAAUGCCAGGCCUUACUUGCAAUUUCCGGGGUGCCUCAUCCAGACCGAUCUGUCCUCGGCGCCUUUGUCAACGAUGCAUUCGACCCUCAAGCUGCAGCUCGCUACUUUCUCCAGACAACGAGUACGGAAGAUGUAUCCAAAGAGCCUAAGAAAACAGUGCCCCAGUUCUUGGCUGCAUGGAAAGUUCUUAUCGAGAAAUUUCGGCCGACUCCGACCAUCUCGAUAUCCAGCGAGACAAAGAUGCUCAUCUAUGAUCGAGAUGGAGGAUACUGUUGUCUUACGCGCACACCAUUCAAGUCGUACCAGGAUCACGGUCUAGAAUACGUUCACAUCGUACCACCUUGUGUGUUCACGGAUCCCGAUCUCUCAGAAGGAACCUUUCUAUUAGAAUUGCUGAGAAAUUUUCUACCAAGAGAGCUCCUGGGGGCUGUCUGCGAUCCGCGCCGUCAGGAAAUAGAGAGGCUUGAUAAUCUUUGGUUAUUAUCUACGCUGGCCUUUGAUGCGGUGAAGAAAGGGGAGGUAUUCUUGAGGACUCAAAGCUGGGGAGACCAUUCUGAUACGACACGAAAGCAGCCAUAUACUGUCGGUACCAACUUCUUCAAACCCCAAAACCCCGCCUGCUUUCCUCUACUGAAGAGGGAAACGCUCGUUGAGAACCGGACCCCUCAGCUGACUUUGAUCCCCAAUGAACAACUGCUUGGUAUUCACGCUCGCUUCUCAAAACCAUUGGCGUGGAUAGAAACCAAAAAGUACAUGGAUUCAUCGCUGCAUGGUGCUAGAAAUAAGCCCCCGGGUCGUUACCAUCGGCUGAUCCAACAUAUCCUGGAAAGGAACUGCUUUCUUCCAUCAUUGGUGUCGCCGUUCUUCCCACUUUUCCAAAAGUGUUGGAAGACACUCCCUUCUUCAAUUCGCGCAUCCGUUUACGACGGACUACGAUGGAUCGGCCUGCGUCUCUACGGCGGCCCCCUUUCAGAUACCGUCUUCAAGUUACCGUUUGGCUUGAUUUUGCGACGGGGAUCGCCAACCUUGGUGCCGAAGUUUCAUGCGGAAACUCACACGCUCCAGAUGGUAGAACGAUCAACUUCUAUUCCUGUCCCACGAGCAAUUGAUGUCCUAGAAACCCCUCGUUUUGGUUACAUGCUCAUGACAUGUGUUCCUGGGCAUCCAAUUGGUCAAAUGCUGGAUUCAAUGAGCGACGAGCAAGUGAAACAGGCUGUGGUUGACCUGAAGAGAUAUGUUUCCGAACUUCGGCAAAUCCCAAGCAACAAUACCGAGUUUCGAAUCUGCAAUUCUCAAGGAAGCGGUAUUUUAGACUGGCGACUUGCUGAUAGUCAACGCGAAGAGCUACGAUUCAAAAGCGAAGCUGAUUUCAACAAGUAUCUAACAGAUCCUUUUUGGGAGGACAUUCGAAGACGUGCUGCAAAAUCACAUAACAUUCAGCAUCAGAUCGUCUUUACUCAUGCCGACCUAAACCCGGGGAAUAUCCUUGCGGACAACGGCAGGAUAACUGGUAUUGUCGAUUGGGAAAAUGCCGGCUGGUUUCCGGAGUAUUGGGAGUACACAAAGGCACACUUCAGCGUUCGAGGCUUCCAGCGUUGGCUCGCUGAUGUCAUCGACGAGGUAUUUGAGGGCUAUCGUGAUGAAUUGCUGGUGGAAAAUAUGCUGUCUGAUCUUUCGGGCCCAUUCUAG